CAAUUAUAAAAGGAGCAUCUAGAUGAACAACUUUCUUUGUCAGAGACAUCACAUUACAAAGGUUAAAAUCGCAAGAAAUCGGUCAAUAAGGUCAAUACUCCGAUUAGUAUGGCGGCGAACUUCAGCUCUGCAGAAGACAUCUGUGAAGGAGAGAACUGUGAGGCAAUCACAGAUGUGACGUACUACGUGAAGGAAAAGAGGAGGCUGUGCGAUGAUUGCGCCUCCAAAGGGGGAUGCGUCAAAAAAGCAAGAAAAUGUGGGUCCAAUCUUUAUUGUGAGAAGCAUGAUGAAGAAAUCAAACUGUAUUGCAAAACACAUCGCCUAGCACUGUGUUAUUCAUGCGCACAUAUAGAUCAUCAUGAUCAGUGUUGCGUGCGACAGGAUAUAGAGGGCGUGAUCAAGGAAAGUACAGCGAGACUAAUGACUCUAAAAGAAAAGGUAAAGGACAAAUUAAAGCUUUGUCGAGUUUAUGGAGAUCAGAUUCGCCAGUGUAAGACAGACACCAACACCCAUCUAAAAGCUCUGAAAGAUGAAGUUGAUUCUGUAUUCAAUGAGGCGAUCCAAACUGACAAAGACAAAGAGAAGGAAGAUGCUGCAAAAAUCAACCAGGAGAUUGAUGAGAAGAAUCAACAACUUCAAGAGGAGAUUCUGAAAGUCAACGAAAAGAUUGGAAAGAACGAUGAGGAGAGAGAAAAACUACUUGAACUCAACCGUACAAAUGCAGAGAAAAGACGAAAACCCAUCGACAAAAAACAGCAUGGUCUUCAAACAGACAUUCAAAACAUCGCUGAAGAGAAAGAGAGAAAGAUUGGUGAGUUGGAGAUUGCAUGGCAAGAUGACACAAAAACCACAGAGAAUAUAAUAAAGACACUUGACAAAGUACUCGAAGAUGAUACAAAUAUUGUCAAAGAUGGGCAUCAUGUAAAUACAUCAGUGAGUGAUGAAGUAAAGAAGCCACUGAAUGAGGGUGAGGUGAAACAAAUCACUGGUAUCAUAUCGGGUGUGAGGUUUGUGAAGGGUGCUGGGAGAGAGAAGUAUGAUGGGAGGAUUGAUGGGUAUGAUGGGGAAUGGAAGCUCAUUGAUACAAUCAAUGUCAGUGUUAAAAUCACAGUCCCGUGCAUUGUAGGAUGCAUAGAUGAAUGCAAAGUGAUUACCACAGAUAGACUAUUAGGUAGCCGACAUACAUAUAUGUUAAAUAUAAACACUAAACAUACUCUUAGAGUGAUAACCGGUAGUGAUACAUCAUGGGUUACCUCCUGUGCAAUGCUGUAUGAUGACAAGGUAGUAUGCGGUAAAUACAUUAAAUGGUGUACAGGGGACAGUUUGACUGGAUGCAUCAGUGUGUAUGACAGACAAUGGAAGCACAUCAAUGACGUCACAAUACCAAGAAACACAACGCGUAAUUACGCAUUGGUGUAUGUAGCUGUUGACCAGGAUGGGAUGAUCAUCGCUGCUGAGAGAGGUCAGUCUAAGAUAUACGUCAUCAACCCAGCUGAUGGUAAGAUCAUGAAUACCAUCACGUGUAAAGAGAAUAUGGCGAUACGUGCUGUACAAUCAUCAGGUCACACCAUCGCUCGACCCUCACCACCAGAUCACAGCGUGUUCAUCAUCGACAGGCAGGGUGCUCAAAGGGAAAUCCCCCACAGUGAUGUAAUCCUGAAAGCCUGCAUCGAUCCUAUGACAGACGACCUCUACGUCGUGACAUCAGAUGAUGAGUGCAAGACGUGUGUGAUUGAUCAGGUGAUGAGUGGGGGUGACAUGAAGAAGGUAAGAGUAGCAUCCUUCCCUCUAUCAACUAGUCUGGGCUCACAGAAUGACAGGCUGUCUCAAAUUAUAUCAUCUCGCGUGGUGAUGACGUCAUCAGGGAAACUGAUUGUUAGCGAUGGCCGAGAGAACAUUCUCGUAUUCAAAAACAGAUUCACCCUCUAA